CGAAAUUCACAGAGGCCGGGAAAGUUCAAACGGGAUCAAAGAGCGGAAGCUCUCAAUGAGCCGCGCCGGAAGUGACACCGGAAGCAACACUAAGGCCUGCGACCCCACCCCUUUUUCUUUUGCCAUGUACUUGUUCGCUUUGACGGCUUUCACGUUCAGCGUCCAUCGGACUCCACAUUCCUGCAGCGCCCCCGGAGGUCUCAGGGUGGACACCGUUCGCCCCGUUCCUCUCUAUAGUCAGACGUCCGUUCUCCGCGGCGCCCGCUGGAAGCCGAAGUCGACUGCAGGGCGAUAAACAGGUUUAUAAGAGACGAAGCACUGCCAGACGCUUUCCUUCGCACAUACAAGGCCUUCCCGGUGUGAAGCUUGACCGAUCUACUGCUUUCGUCUCUGAUCUUCCUUAUCAGGAGAACGAGACGUUCUGAAUAGCAUCCGCACGUCGCAGUGGUCGGAACAGAUCUCUGCAACCUACAGAGCGACCAUGGCCGCCUCUCUGCUCAACCCGGCGGUGCUCCAGGAUCUGGCACUGAGCUGGCUGCGCGAGGACCAGCCCAGCCUCGACGUGGGUCUGUACGUGGUUGGCGAGGCCGACUGCACCGCCUACCUGUGGUGCAAGAGUCCCGGAGUGCUGGCGGGAGUGCCAUUUGCCAACGCUGUUCUAGCGCAGCUGGACUGCGACAUCAAGUGGCUGCGCAACGAGGGCGAGUGGUUGCACCCCGUCGCCAAGGUGGCCGAGCUGGCCGCGCUUUUGCGGGAGCCGUUCGAAGCAAGCAGCGCAGACAAAACAGUGGAUGGCCGCUACAUGGACGCCUGUUUCCCGUGCGCCGAGGGGGAACCGGCCCUGGUACAAUGA